AUGGCGGAGCUGACGGACGCGGAGCUGCGGCGGGAGCUGCUGGCGCUCGGCUACCGCGCGGGGCCCAUCACGGACACCACGCGCAAGGUCUACGCCAAGAAGCUCAACUCCCUGCGCGCCGAGGCGGCGGCAGCCAAGCGCAGCGGCCGCGGUGCCCCGAGCAGCCCGGGCCGCUCCGCCGGCAGGCCGCAGCAGGCCUCGCCGCGGCCCGCCUUCCGCGGCGACAGCGACAACGACGACGAGGAGGAGGAGGAGGAUGAAGGCGGCUCCCCGGCAGGGCGGCCGGCUGCGUCCCGCUGGGGGGCGGCCGGCGGCGCGCUGGGCUCGCCGUCCCGCCGGGGCCCGGCUGCGGCACUCGACGCCUUCGCGGGCCCCUCGCCGCGCUGGGGCUCGGAGCGGGGCGGCGGCCUCGGCGGGGCCCCCGCGGACGGGUUCAGGGCGCCGAGCGCCACGUCCCACUGGGACGCGUCCGUGGAGAGGAGCGGCGGCCUCGGCGUGGGCUCCCGGCCGGCGCUGGACGCCCUGGGGGACUCCCCGCCGCGCUGGGGCCUGUCGGCAGAGAGGAGCGAGGGGCUGAGCGCGCGGCCGCCGCUCGACGGCUCCCCGUCGCGCUGGGACACGUCCGUGGAGCGGGGCGGCGGGCUGGGCCUCRGGGCCGGCCUGGGGUCCCCCUCGGAUGGGCUCGGCGCGCUGAGCUCCCCCUCGCCCUGGGGCUCGUCCCCGGGCAGGAGCAGGGAGCUGGGCGGCAGGGCUGCCUCUGCGGAGGGCAGCGCCGCGCUSCUCUCCAGGAGCCCCUGGGCAGGCGGCGCCGGCAGCCUCGGCUCCCGCGCCUCCUGGGAGGCCCCGGAGGAAAGGAGGGGAUUUUCCUCCGGCAGCUCAUGGUGGCGGGAAAGCGACGUGGCGCCCGGCUCCAACUGGGCCAGCUCAGCCACGCUCGGGGGGUUCGGCCACCAGCCCCGAUACGGGAGAGGGGAAGGAGACCUGGCCUCCAGCGAGCGCAAGGAGGCYGAAAGGGAGCUGAACCCCGGCGCCCGGGGAGCGGGCUUGAUGCGUCGGUUCCCGUGGAGGACAGCGGGCGAUGCGGGCACGGCCUCGGCUUCCCGCUGGGGAGCGGCGGCACAGGGAGUCACGGCGCGGCCUCCGCUGUGGCGCUCGGCGCCCAGGCCGCGCCUCGAAGGAAAGGGCAGAGGCCUCGAGUUCUACCUCUCGCAGUUCCUCUGCCUGGCCAGCUUCGUGCUGCUCAUGAUCUUCCUGGGCAUCCUCUUGGUGAAGAUGAUUGGAUCGGGCUGGCUUGACAGGACGGAGGAGAGCUUUAAUCUCCUGCCUGUGGAUUGUGACGAAAGGACAGAUGAGUUCUGUCAAGCUCAACAGAAGGAGAUUAUAAUGAACAUGCUGCACGAGUUGUAUAACUACUUGUCAAUACAAGCUGGUAAUUUUGAGUGUGGAAAUCCCGAGAAUCUAAAAAGCAAAUGCAUUUGGGUUAGUGAAGCAAAGGAUCACGUGAUGAAUGUAACUGCUAGUUCACAUAAGAAGUUUGAGGCUGCCCUGGAAUGGAUACUGAAGAGUAGCAAGGAUUUAGGAAUCAGGCUGAAAGGCAGAGACCCUUCUGAACCCAUCAGCUCGGUGAAGGACGUGCUCUGUCUGGAAUCAGCCCACCCUCAGAUGGGGCUUGGCUGCCGAUUCCGGCGUGCGAUGAUCACUGCCAUCAUGAAUCUUUUCCURUUUUUCUGGGGACUGCUAACUCUUUGGGGGAUCCUGAUCUUCUUUAAGUAUCGCUGGCGGAAGAUGGCAGAAGAGGAACAAGCCAUGUAUGAGAUGGUGAAGAAGAUCAUAGCUGUUGUCCAGGACCACUAUAAGGAAUGGGAGCGGAAUUUGGAGCGUUACCCCUACGUGGGCAUCCUGCACGUCCGGGACAGCCUCAUCCCUCCGCAGAGCAGGAAAAAAAUGAAGCGGGUCUGGGACAGAGCUGUGGACUUUCUGGCUUCGAAUGAGUCGAGGAUUCAGACAGAGUCACACAGAGUAGCGGGAGAGGAUAUGCUGGUGUGGAGGUGGACUCAACCUUCUUACCUCUCAGACUCAGAACACUAAAGAGGAGGCUGAGCUGCUGAUGUGGACCUUUGCAGAAGGACACCUUUCUGGUGGUGGGAAAGAGCAGGUCCUCAUCUCCUUGAGUUGAGGAUUGUUCACAUCUUUGCUCUUCUCUCAGAAUCUUCACAUACACACUAAAAAAUAAGGGCAAUAAUCUUGUCUGGUAAGGAAGAAUGGGCUUGAGUGGAUGGGAAGCUUGAAUUGCACCAAAGUCAGCCUUCCAGCAGGUAUCUGGCUUCCCCAGGCAAGCAAAACAACUUUCUAUAAAGCAAAAAAAUGCAUACCUAAUAGCGAGGGCCAAGGGGCCCCUCUGGCAAGGGUUGUCUUUUAAAAUAUGACCUCAGUUCUGCAAAGGCCAACUGGUGGUGAAGUCCAUCAGGGAAUGUUUUWAAAUAAAAGACUGACAUUUCCCAUGGAAGCAUCUGGGUGGCAGUUACGAUGCAUUUUAUCAGUACAGAGACGUGCCAAAAGCACUUAAUGGGUUCCCAACAAGGAAAAUGUUUGUCUGCUUCCUCCUUUAAAGAUGAAGAGAGGAAAAAAUUGGGGGAAGGUGGUCCUAGAGGAAGGGCAGUCUGAUGUGCCUUGAGUGGUUGGGGCUGGGCUGGGUGGCAGGGAGGAACCGUUGCGACCCUGGUUACACUUUUAAGUCUGUAAUCUCUGCGCUUUGCUAUGGGGAGGGAGGGGAAUUGGGGUGAAAAGUGACAGAUACAGGAAGAUACGGAAAGCUUUUUCUUAUGGCUGCAGCCAAAGGGACUGCUUCAUGAGUUAUUCACGAGCAGCUUUGGGCAGGCUGUUAGGGUUGAAUGUACGUGUUUAUCCUGGGCAGCUGCAAUGUGAGUGCUGUGUGAGCAGAGAUGCACUGUGCAUGGAGCGUCCGUACAGGGCUUCUUUGCCAGGUUAAUUUUCCUGCAGCCUCUCGACGGGCCCAGGGAGCGGUGAUCAAUCCUCUGUUCCUGCUGCAGGCACUGUAUUUUGUGUCUAUAACCAUUUGGUUACUUAAGUUAGUUUUUUAUGUCCAGCAAAGGAGUGUUUGUUUCAAAGAAAAUAGCACCAUUGUGUGGCAGCUUCGGCUGGGCAGAGCUGCUGUUAAAGUGCUGCUCCCAGCGCCACAGAACUGCUGCCCGGCUCGUCCCUGAGGCAGCAGGGACCAAACUCAUUCCAGCAUGAGCUAGKGAAGGCUGCCGAGAGGAGGCAGCAGCUCGUGUGAACCCAGGUAACCAGYGGGUGUUACUCUCCUUGGCGUCCCGGGAGGGAUGUACACGACUGCACCGCUCUCUGCUGCCAGGAGCGCGUUCCCCCGGGCAGCUCGUGACGGGCCGCACUCCGCGUGGGUUUUUCCUGCUCACAUCCCCACCGUGAAGUSUGUGCUUGUCCCCAUUGCUGCCUCCCCGUCACCCCUGGUGCUGCUGGCUCCUGUCUCUGAGCAGAGGUCGCGUGCGUGCAGGAGGGAGAUACCCUGCGUGCAGCUCAUCUUUAGCCCCACGUGUUCUUUUUGGUUGCAAAAGUAGGGUGUUUGGACAAAAAAGGAAACUCGGCAGCUGCCUUUGAGACAAUAACCAGCUCCUUCCACUGUUUUUAAAAUAGGGGAUAAAAUGAAGGCAGCUUUGAUUCUUCCAGAAUGUUGUAACGAGAUCUUCAGUGCUGUUGUAGAACGUCUUGCAAACACCAGUGCCUACAGUUCUAGGCCUUUUUAAAACACUCGUGGGGUUUGGGUUGACUUUUUUUUUUAAACUGUCCAGGUCUAGGGUGCAAAGUGAGGCGUUGCGAUCAUUUUGUAUUAAACUUGUUUUUGUAGAAUAAAGCUCACUGGCUUGGUGCUAUUUAUUAUAUGCUCAGUUUAGCUCUGUA